UCUGUUGCACUUUCCUUUACCCAGAGCUAGAGGAGAGGGGGAAAGGGUGAAUUAGGCGAGUUUUUAUGCUGAAAAUGUAAUGUACUCUCUCUUCUUUCUCUUUAUAAUGCCGUCGCUAUCUGCGCUUAACUCGCAAAAGGUGUUUUGGCGUUACAUUGUCUCAUUCGCAGCAUCGGUUUAGUGUGAUCGCUGCUUUCGGUUGAAAUGGACGAGUGAAAAGAAGGGAAAAAAAGCCGUAUAAAUGCGCCUGCCGUCGAAGAAAUACCCCGCUUGUGAAAUCGAAGAGGUGUGUGUGCCCCAGGUGAAGCCUGGCCUGUGCUGCAGCAGCGAUGAAGAACCCAGGGACAGCGGAGAGUCAUCGUCUGGUGAGCCUGCUGCAGGAUGCUCUGGUUAGAGAGGCACGCCUCUGGAAGGUCCCUGCCUUCAAAAGCGGAUGCAUUCAGGGCACUGACAUUUCUCUGUCUGAGCACCGAGACGUGAUAGUUUGGCUCAGAGAAAUGACCAGACUUUUCCAGUUUUGUCCUGAGACAUUUGCGCUGGGAGUCUGCAUCCUCAACCGACUGCUGUCUACAGUCAAGGCUCAGCCAAAAUAUCUGAGAUGCAUCGCCUUUACCUCAUUAAUCCUGGCUGCCAAAAUCAAUGAGGAGGAUGAGGUGAUAGGCUCUGUUAAGGAUCUUGUGGUGCAGAGCGGAUGCAACUUUUCAACAGCAGAGAUUCUUCGCAUGGAGAGGAUCAUUCUUGACAAGCUGCACUGGGACUUGUACACUGCAACACCAGUCGACUUCAUUCACAUAUUUCAUGCCUUACUCAUCUCCAGUCACCCCCAGCUCAUUCCGUCCAUCGGUGUUGGUUCUGGUGUCAGCUGGGGCUCGGGUUCAGACCCUGGUUUGCUCCCCGGCAGCCCGAACUGUCAGAAGAGGCCUCCAGGCUUCCAGGUGGCACUGUGGACGAGGCAGGUGCAGCACUGUAUGGCCUGCCACCAGCUGUGGCAGUUCAAGGGCUCGACGUUGGCCUUGGCCAUCAUCACCUUGGAGCUAGAGGCGCUCACACCAGACUGGUUCUCUGUGUUUAUGGACCUGCUGAAGAGAGCACAGGUUGAGAGCUCCGAGUUCAUCCACUGUAAGGAGAUGGUGGACGAAUACCUGAACAGCCUGGAGUUCACUCUGCCAGCCAACGCAGUCUACAUCUUCGACAGCAGUCAGAUCCAGGAGGACAUGGAGGAGAGCACCUGGAGCCCCACACACCACCUCAGGCAGGACCAGAGGAGGGGAACAGGGGGAGGGAGUGGUAGCGUGGGGGUGGGCGACCUGGACGAGUAUUAUGACGGUUUUAGGUAUUUGUACAAUGAGGAGAUUACCUCAGAGCCAGGGGAAAUUGAUAGGGAGGGUCCGUGUGAUGCCCAGGAGAAAGAUGUGUCCCCCUGUCCACCACUCCAUCGCCCAUGAACCAGUGGUGCUCGUUUUGUCAACCUACCUGUGUCCCUGAAGUGUACACCUGGUUUCUGAGUGCCCCCCCCCCAGUUUAGAUUUAGGAUGUUGCAUUGAAUCUAACACAACAUAUCAAUUAUGUUAAGGCUACAUUAGCAGGUAUACUACGGCCAUAAUUUAUGGAUAACUUCGUAAAGCAGGCGAAAGGGGCAAUCCUGCCAACAGUUGGAACCAAGUUUUUUUUUUUCUUUGUUGUUGUUUCUUCUAGUGUAUGAGAGCAAACUGUGUUUUUUCUCUUCAUUUUACCCAGUAGUCCUCAGUUUCAAGCUUUGCCACAGCCUAUCUCAAUUGAAAAUGAUUCUUAAACCACAGUCCCUAAUCUCCUGGUGCUACUGGGUGUCUGAUGGUUGAACGAAUUGGGGAACAGUUCAAUAGGAGGAAGGGGGGGGGGUUCUCUGCCCUCUAGUGAGCUCAAGUGUAGUUGUGGUUAUUAAAUAGUUUACUCUGUGCAUUUGUUCAUGCCCGAAUCGGAUCAUGAAGUUGUAGAUAUCAACUUAAGCACUGACCUCUUAAUUGUGAUCCUAGCACCCAAGCUAGGUGAGGCAGUUGGCCUCCCUGAAUAUGUCCAUUAAUCAGCCGGUAGAUUUUGCUGGCCGGCAUAUUGGUGAAUUUCUGUUCCAAACCAAGUGUUUAAAAAGGCACGUAUGAGAAACAAAAUUGUGGAAUAAGUGUCUGCAGUCAACCAUUUACUGUACUUAAUUCGAGUUGUCCCGGUGCGGUUAGCCCCACCCCUUCGGUGAAACCAAGGUGGUUAAACCGAACACCAAAAACAAUUUAAGAAAUUCAGUGACAUAGUUCUACUGAUUUCAGCCGUAAUUCCAGUCAGAAACAUAUACACUGAUCUGUCAAAACAUUGAAACCACUGACAGGUAAGUGAAUAACAUUUAUCUCGUUACAAUGCCACCUGUCAAGGGGUGGGAUAUAUUAGGCAGCAAGUUAACAGUCAGUUCUUGAGGUUAGUGUGUUGGAAGCAAGAAAAAUGGGCAAGCAUAAGGAUCUGAGUGACUUUGACAAGGGCCAAAUUUUUAUGACUAGAUGACUGGGUUAGAGCAUCUCCAAAACAGCAGGUCUUGUUGGGUGUUCCCAGUAUGCAGUGGUCAGUACCUACCAAAAGUGGUCCAAGGAAGGACAACCUGUGAACCAGCGAUAGGGUCAUGGGCGCCCAAGGCUAAUUGAUGCAUGUGGAGAGCGAAGGCUAGCCUGUCUGAUCUGAUCCCACAGAAGAGCUACUGUAGCUCAAAUUGCUGAAAAAGUUGAUGCUGACUAUGAUAGACAAGUGUCAGAACAUACAGUGCAUCAUAGCUUGCUGUGUAGCCACAGUGCCCAUUAGUGCCCAUGAUGACCGCUGUCCACCGUCAAAAGCACUUACAAUGGACAUGUAAGCAUCAGAACUGGACCAUGGAGCAAUGGAAGAAGGUGACCUGGUCUGAUGAAAUACAUUUUACUUUACAUCAUGAAGCCAGGUGUGUGUGUGUUGUUUACCUGGGAAAGAGAUCCUGUGGCAAUCCAGUAGAGGCAGUGUGAUGCUCUGGGCAAUGUUCUGCUGGGACACCUUGGGUCCUGGCAUUCAUGUGGAUGUUACUUUGACAUGAACCACCUACCUAAACAUUGUUGCAGACCAGGUACACCCCUUCAUGGCAACAGUAUUCCCUGAUGGCAGUGGCCUCUUUCAGCAGGAUAAUGCACCCUGCCACACUGCAAAAAAUGCUCAAGAAUGCUUUGAGGAACAUGACAAAGAGUUCAAGGUGUUGCCUUGGCCUCCAAAUUACCCAGAUCUCAAUCCAAUCGAGCAUCUGUGGGAUGUGCUGGAAAAACAAGUCCAAUCCAUGGAGGCCCCACCUUGCAACUUACAGGACAUAAAGGAUCUGCUGCUAUUUUGGUGCUAGAUACCAGAGGACACCUUCAUAGGUCUUGUGGAGUCCAUGCCUCGACAGGUCAGAGCUGUUUUGGCGGCACAAGCGGGACCUACAUAAUAUUAGGCAGGUGGUUUAAUGUUUUGGCUGAUCGGUUUAUACUGUGUUGCAGUUGUAAAGCUGAAGAGAAUGGAAAAAAUAUUUACCUUGUCUCAUAGUUACUGUGAUUUUCUGUGCACUUGUUCAUGUCAUUUUCAUUGGCAAAAAUGAGGGUAAAGGAUGAAAACUAGCAAGUUGGGAUUCAUGUUCUCCUGAGUUUUUAAUCAAAAUUAAGAUUACCUUGUUUGCAAAGCGUUAAUUUCUGUUGUCUUUGUUUUGCUGUGAGGUAUCUUGGUUUUUGAUUUCUCCUCAGACAUAUUCGGCACUUUGAUAUUCAAACAAGCUUUUUUAUAUUUAUAGAUAUAUAUAUACACACACAUAUGAUUUUUAAGUAUUUUUCAAGACUAAUUUUUUAAUUAUUUUAAUCUUUUUACCUAACAUUUUUGAGCUCUCAUGCAAUUAUGUGUUGAUAUUCCUAAACUGUUUGUACAAAAUGCUUUUUGGACAAUAAUGCUAUGCUUUAAUUUCAUGUGAUUGAGGGCUGCACAUUUUUGGUGUGAUUCACACUUCAGGCCCUGUUUAUUACUUUAUGCAAUGAUUAUAAAAUCAGCUAGAAGAGGAAGAGUGCACGCUCUUCUGUAAAUGUGUUAAAGACACAUUCAGUCAUAACACGUCUUGGCUAGUAUUGAUAAAAUGCCGCUAAUAAUUGAACCCAAGUGCUGACCACCUGUCACCAAUAGGUGAUGAGGUCAUCUGGCCAGUGCUCCGGUAUCAACACUCCAAAGGUUUUAUCCGUACAAUACAGGCCCAGAGGAAUAGCUGGUGUACUGUACAGAGUGAAGUUACUCUUAAUAGCAUGUCAGAUGUUUGGUUUCCAUUUCCUUUACUGAAAGAAAUUUCUGAGGCCAAACACGACCCCAGAAACUCAAACACUCCAGUCUAAGCUGUAUUCUCAACUGAUUUUGUAGCAUUAGCGAAUCCAUUUUUUUCCAACUCUGUAACAAUUCGGGAUGGUUUUGUUGAGUAUAUUUACACACACCGGCAAUGCAGGUGAAAACCCUCUGAAUGCAAAAACGAGUUUAAGGUCAUCAUAUUUGAAUGUACUGUGUUCUUCAGUCAUUGUUUAGCUACGGUAACUGUCUUGUGUUCAGAGAAAUUCAGAAUGAAAAUGUGUAAGAAUUUGAUUCUGCGUUCUCCACUUCCUUCAUUUCCUUUUAAUAUAAAAUGGUUUAUCUCUAUAUCAACACUGAAUCCGCUCCCUGUUCAUAUUCGUUGUUACACCACAGACCAAAUUAAAUCAAGUUUUAUUUCCUUCCUUUGUCCAAUAUUGAGGCAGCUAUGUCUUAACUGUUUUUUGUUUUCGUUUUUUUAUCAUAGAAAUAAAGCUAUGACUC